UUUAAAAAUGAUAUAGGCAAAGUGCAGCGCGGCUGUAAAGCUCGCGCGGCGUCGAAUAGUAGUCGACAGUUAGCCGCUUCUGGUGAUAAUGUGCGCACAAAAUGAAAACUAAAAGUUUCCUGCUGUUCUCGACGUCUGUGUUCGCGAUAAGUUUAUUUCUGAUCGUAUUCCACUCGCAACCACCGCAGUCCAUCCAGACUAUCGUGACGCAGACCCAUCAGCACAUCAAGGACUUCCAGGGCGAUGUGUGGGUGCAGGACAAAUUGCGCGAUGUGGAGGACAGCGUGCUGGUGGCGGAGGAGCGGUUCGCGCGAUUGUUGGGGUUGGGGCCGGGCGCUCAGGCUCUGCGUUGGCACAACACAACCCUGCCUGUGCUGGUGACCCAUGCUAGCGGCGACCACCAUGCAGAGGCAGUCAGCUUCGUGCGUGCUGCACAUCACCUUCCCUACACUGUCCUUCUCUAUAACUUGGGAUUGAAGCCUUAUUCAUUAGCUGUGGUGUCAAACUACUGCAACUCAUCAAAGUGUGCAAUUGUUGACUUAGACCUGUCCGAAUUCCCGUCACACGUCAGCGACGAGAGCAUCCACGCCUUUCGACCACUCAUCAUACAGCACGCGCUGAGCCGAGUGGGCGGCGUGAUCUUCUGCGAGGCGUCGCAGCGCUGGGCGGGCGAGGCGGCCGAGCUGGCGGCGCUGUGGGCGCGCGCCGCGGGCGCCGCGCAGGGCGUGCUGGCGUGGCCGCGGCGCGCCGCCGCCGUCACCUCGCUCACGCACCCGCGCAUGUUCCACUACCUCAACGCCGUGCUCGACGACUUCCUCUUCGUGGAGAUGGUGGACGCGGAGCACCUGGUCGUGGCGGACUCGCCCGCCGCCGCCGCCGUCAUGCGCCCCUGGAUCCGGUGCGCGCUGACACUCGACUGCAUCAUGCCCAUAGGCGCGCAGGCGGAGGGCUGCCGGUUCGACAAGAAGCCGCAGUACCGCUACUCGGGCUGCCACGGGCAGGACGCGUCGGCGCUGAGCAUCAUCCUGGGGCUGCGCUCGGGCUUCGAGGAGGCGCAGUACGCCGUGCACGGGCGCGCGCGCUGGCGCCGCGUGCCGCCCGCCGCCGCCCGCCUGGAGCUCCAGCAGCUGGAGCGCAACUCCAGCGACGAGCGCCCCACCGACCACCCCCCCGCCCUCCCCUAGCCGCGGGCCGGCCCCGUCGCUUCUUUCGUCGUCGCGAGCGGAGCGGAGGACGUCGCGCUACUUAGUGUUAUUCAAAAUAGCAAUAAUUCCUUUGCACGCCUGUUUUAACGGAGCCCGUUUUUUGUUUUCAAAAUGUGUAAAGACUCGUGCGCGCCUGCUGCGGCCGCGGGUCCCGGGCGCCGGUCUCCUCGAUGUGUUCCGCCGUGCGCCGCUCUCCGGUGCGUUCACGUAUAGAAUAAUUCAAUAAAUAACUACAGGUUUGGAUGAGAUUUUAAAAACGUUGUUUAGUGUUUAUUUGUACUCUGUAGUAAAUCACGUUUCUUCUUAUGCAUCCUUGUAGUUAUUGAAUUAUUAAUUGAUAGACAUUAAUACAGUUCUCGUGAUAAGUAGUCCGAGUGAAACCUUGAAGUUGUGUUUGUAGAAAGUUAUUUCUCAAUAUUUUUAAUUUAUCGACAAUACACCAGUCAGGAAACACAUUAACUGACGAAUAAAGUAAGGAACAAAGCUUGUACUUACGACGUAUUGUUAGUGGUGCCUAGAGUAUUACACUGUUUGUAUUCGUUAGGUUGUUUUAAGAGAGCACAUUCGAUGUCAAUUGCUGAAAAAGACGGGUGCGAUCGUUCGCGAUAAUGUAUUAUUUUGUACAUAUGUACAGUGUGUCAUUAUUUUUGUAUUAGGUAUGUUGAACGUGUUGCGUACGGUAGUGGAACGAGCUGACGACGUUCGCUCUGCGCCGCGCAUUCGACAAUGUAAGCGAUUGCGUUAAUGAUGUUAAGAUACUCAUUAGGUGCAGUAAUUAUGUGUAAGUUUCCCGCAUGUCCGUUACAUUAGUUAGCGAAAGAAGACCCGUCUCACUCUCGUUCACCUGCAUAACACAGUGGCGGGGUCGGAUGCACCGCAGCGCGGGUAGCCGCGCACAGCGGCCCGCUAAUGUUUAGGUUGUGAUCAAAAAAUAUCAAGUUUCGUGCACUAUUUCGUGAAGUACAAUGUGAUAUACUUAAUACAUUAUGUAUUUUAGGAUUAAUUCGUGUACAGGCGGUUAAAUACUUUGGAUUUGGGGAACAACUGGUGGAGGGUAACGGGACACAGCACUUAGGAGCUGUCAACAGAAGUGAGCUAUGGCCCUGCAGCGGCCGUUCACACGUUGAUCUGCAGGUCGCGGUGUCUGUUCUCUGUGUAGUUUCAGUUCGUCUGAUUUAAAGGAUCUCAUUUAUACUAAAACUGCAACUUUCGACCAAACUGUUAAAUUUUAUUGUAAUGGUUACGCUAAGCGUUUUGAUAUGGCGGCCGCGGCCGUUUUUACCUUACGUCACCUUUCCCAGUGUUUAGAAAGCUUUAUUUUUCGACGUUGACGUUGGUUCUCCGCCUGUUUCGGCCAUAAUGUAAACUAAGUGUUAGUUGUACGCAUCGCAUUACCUUUAAAUUUUUAUAUUCACUUUGAGCAAUCUAGUCGUGAUUUACCAAAUAAGUGAAAAAGGCUCUUGUAUGGCGACCGUUUUUGCUAAGAUACUUUGUAAAUUUUGUCUUAAGGUGCGGAAAGAUUUAUUGAAUUUGUCGAGUUCUAGUAGGUGACCACUUGUUUUGUUAAGGCAUACCACGUAAAAGGUGAACAAUGUGGUAAUUAUGAAUAGUACAAAUUCCGUGAUUUUGCGGGAUGUAGCGCAGGUAACUUUCCGAAUUGAUAAGGUUUAUUGACGAUAGGAUAAUUGCGAUAGAGUUCCGUUUGUGCGCAUGCGGCAGCGUCCUGGUGGUCGGACUGCAUGCGUUAUUCACUACAAUAGGUACCUAGUAAGAAGGAGGCGCGGUGCAAGUCGGCACUAACGCCAGUUAACGUCUUCGUUCUGACGCCGCCGCCGUUAGUAUUAUGCACUGUAAUCAUCUGAAUGAUGUCAACACGGUGCCGUACAUAAAAAAAAUAAUCAGGACGUGACAUUGGUGCCGACUUGUGCCGUGUGUCCGUCACACGCGAGAGGCUUGCGACUAGCCCCGUCGCCCGUCGCGACUCGAUCGAUGCUUACGCAUAAUGUAAUCGUUAUCGACAAGUGAGAAUUAUUUAUUAAACGAUGAUUGUGAUGAAAUUAUGUCAGAGUUUCAUUUUAUUUAUUUAUAAGAGAUAAGAAAAGACAGACCUUAUAUUUGACCAUCGCCAUGCCAAUUAAACGAAGCACUUAAAUGUUUGACUGCCUCCGUGGCCGAACGGUUACCAUG